AUGCAUCUCCGGCGAACAGCCACGCUCUUAUGCUCAAACAUCCUCACGCGCCACCUGAGCAACCCCAUUUCGCCGGUGAACCAGGAUCACCUCCUCCGAGUCUGCACCGUGCUCUACCAGCAGCAGAACUCGCCCGAGUCAAGGCUCCACUCAAAACUCGCCUCUUGCGAGUUCCGACUCACCCACGAGUUCUUCCUCCAGGUAUGCAACAACUUCCCUUAUUCAUGGCGACCCGUUUACCGUUUCUUCAUGUACACGCAAGCACACCCUCAUUUCGACCACACCCCUGUCUCCUUCAACAAGAUGCUUGAUGUUAUUGGCAAGUCUCGAAACAUUGACCUCUUCUGGAACCUUCUUGAGGACAUGGCACGUCGUCGUUUUGCCAAUGACAAGACCUUCGUGAUUGCGUUGAGGACUUUUGGUGGUGCCAGAGAGCUGAAGAAGUGUGUGGAGUUUUUCCACUUGAUGAAUUCCAAUGGGUAUGAGUAUAACCUGGAAACUUUGAAUAAGGUUGUUGAGGUAAUGUGUUUGUGCAAGCUUGUUGAGGAGGCUAAGGUUGUUGUUUUCAAGUUGAGGGAGUGGAUUAGGCCUGAUGGGGUUACUUAUAAGCAUUUGAUUAAGGGUUAUUGUGAUAAGGGUGAUUUCAUUGAGGCUUCCAAGAUUUGGAAUUUAAUGGAGGAUGAAGGGUUUAAGCCUGAUGUUGAUGCUGUUGAGAAAAUGAUGGAGACCCUUUUCAAGGGUAAUCAUUAUGGUGAGACUUUGAAGCUCUUUCAGAUGAUGAGGCUUAAGAGGAUGGAUGAACUUGGUGUUUCAACUUAUAGGCUGGUGAUUAAAUGGAUGUGUAAGAAGGGGAUGGUGUCCCAGGCUCAGGUAGUUUUUGAAGAAAUGCGCCAGAGAGGGAUUCAAAUUGAUAACUUAACAUUGGGAUCUGUUGUAUUUGGGCUUCUAACAAAACGUAGAGUUAGAGAGGCUUAUCAAAUUGUAGAGGGGAUUGAUGUGCCGGAUAUAAGUGUCUAUCAUGGUUUGAUAAAAGGGCUUUUGAGGUUGAGAAGGGCAAGUGAGGCAACUCAGGUGUUUAGGGAGAUGAUAAGGAGAGGUUGUGAACCAACUAUGCAUACCUACAUAAUGCUGCUGCAAGGCCAUUUGGGGAAGAGAGGAAGGAAGGGGUCUGAUCCACUUAUCAAUUUUGACACUAUUUUUGUUGGCGGUUUGGUGAAAGCAGGAAAGUCGCGAGAAGCCACCAAGUAUGUGGAGAGGGUGAUGAACAGAGGACUGGAGGUGCCAAGGUUUGAUUAUAAUAAAUUUUUGCACUACUUUUCAAAUGAGGAAGGCGUGUUUAUAUUUGAGGAGGUUGGGAAAAAGUUGAGAGAGGUAGGGUUGGUUGAUUUGGCAGAGAUACUUGAGAGAUAUGGGCAGAAAAUGGCAACUAGAGAUAGGAGAAGGAACAGAUGUCCAAUAACUGAAGAUACUAAUGAUUGAUAAGCAGGAUGCGUAAAUCUAAAGGCUGUACAAAUUGAUGUCAAAAACCCAAGUUUAUUGGAAAUGAAGCAGCAGAUUGAUGAAACAUGACGUUUGUAAGCUUAAUGACAGUGAAGAAGGUUGGCUUGCAAGAAGUACACGAUUCAGGGUCCUCAUUGAAAUUGUGGUUUUUCUUGAAGAAAGACUCGAGCAACAGAGGUUGAUGAGUUACUAUCCCUUUUUUUUACUCCAGUCUACUCCUGUGCUAUUCUUGACAUGAGAUUUUGGAGUCUAAAUUAUUCUGAUCUUGUAUAUGGAUUAAGAAUUGACAAAUGUAAGAACCUAGCCCUUUUUCACACCCUAUAUGGAUUUUAAA